AUGAAGGAACAGAUUCAGGACAUGCAGCAGUACAGUCGGUUGCAGAAUCUUGAAAUAUCCGGCGUUCCAGUGUCACCAAAUGAAAAUGUGUUCGCAGUUUUGCAAGCUAUUGCAGCAGCAAUUAAUAUUCCAUGGCGACGCGACGACGUAUCUGCAGCACACCGCUUGGGAUCCCCACGAGGUCGUCAGGCCCGUCCACCAAACAUAGUCGUACGCUUUGUGAGUCGAACAGUUCGCGCCGAAUGGCUUCAGGCCGCCAAGUCAAAAAGGAACCUUGAUGCAGUUCACAUCAGUUCGGCGUACAGUCCGUCUUCUGUCUAUAUUAAUGAACACUUAACCAGCUAUACGAAGGCUCUGCUCAACCAAGCCAAGACCAUGGUCAAGGAUCGUCAGCUGGCGUUUGCCUGGAUCAAAGAGGGUCGAGUACUUGUGAAGAAUACAGCGGACGAACGGGCCAGGAGGGUGAGGAGCUUCGAGGACCUGGGUGUUGUGGAUCGUGGUCGCCGCGGGGGAGGUGACAGUGAGAGCUCCUACGCUGCUACUGGAAAGUAG